AUGAGCGAAGAUCCAGUCUGGGACGCCCUCCUCGCCUGGUUGAGGACCUUUCCGAACCACGUGGACCCGGAGAAAAGUGUCAGGCUCGUACACAACGAAGCUGGGCGAGGUUUGGUUGCGAGGGGAGACUCGCCGCCCGGCUCGCUUCUGAUAUCCAUCCCGAAUGCCGCCCUCCUGAACCUCCGCACCCUAAAACCGCUCUACCCGCCCUCCUUCGCUUCCCUAAACGCCAUCCAAUGGCUAUCUCUCCAUCUUGCACUCCAGUUCCGCCGGCACCUGCAUCCGGAUGACCGACGACCACCCCUGCCGAACCGAACUUCCUCGACAUCUGCCCUCCCAGAUAACGCCAAGUCUGCCUCGACUGCCGCUCCUCGACCUCCACGCGCGACACCGCAAGACAAAUACUGGCCCUUCAUCGCCUCUCUCCCUCGUUCUUUCCCUACCGUCCCCCUCACAUGGUCCAUCCACUCCCGCUCUCUCGCAACACUCAAAGCCGAUUUCUCCCUUUCCGAAGACGACGUCUCGCUUGAUCAGUGGCAGGACGACGCGAGGAAGAGAAAGAGGUUGGCGGAUUUGGUGGAGCUGAUGGAUGGGGCGACGAGGAGGAGGGCAAGGGAUGUCGAAAAGCGGUUUACCGAGGAUCGGGACGUCGUGAGGCGGCUGUGGGCAGAUCAUGGAACGGAAGUUGAGGGCGAGCUGGGAUUCUUUGACUUCCUGCUCGGCUGGCUCAACGUCAACACGCGUUGCAUCUACUUCGACCUCGACGGCCGCAAGGAGAACAACCUCACGCUUUGCCCCGUGAUCGACAUGAUCAACCACGUUCCAGGUCGAACGACUAAACCUUCGCCUCGAAUCGCCAGCAUGACCUUCUCCGCACCGAGCACGUCGUCAGGCGACCCUCCACUGCGAGACGGAGACGAACUCGCCUUCAGCUACGGUGCUCACGAGGACGCGAUGCUCUUGACCGAGUACGGGUUCGUGAUUGGCGCUGAGAACGACUACAACGUUGUCGAGGUGGACAAGUACAUAAAGGGGCUGUUUGAGGCGCAGGGGAGGGAGGGGGAGUUGAAGGUUGGCGUUCUAAAGGAUGAGGGGUACUGGGGCGACAUGACCCUCUCGGCGAAACCUGAUCCUCCUUCGCCCUCCUGGCGCGUGCUCGUCGCCCUUCGCCUCCUCCACCUCCGACUCCCCACGCUCGCCGUCCUCUCCGCCGACUCGUUUGCGGCGUGGUACAACAACAUCAACGGCGUGGCGGAGACGGUGUCCUCUGCCAACGAAGCGAAAGUUCGCGCGAGCGUGCAGGCGAUUUGCGACGCAGCUGCGCGGGAGGCAGAAGAGGGUGUGAAGCGGUGUGAGGAAGUGCUGCGGAGAUGGAAGAAGGAGGGAACGGACGUUGACAAGGAAAUGGAGGGGAAUUGGAGGAUGGUCAAGACUGUUUGGGACGAGGAUGUGCGGAUUGCUCUGGGGGUCAAGAGCGAGUACGAGGGCAAGUAG